GCGAUCUUAAAUAAAUAAUAAGAAAGAAAGAUAUAAGAGACACUAUCAAUUUGUAGUAGUUUUUAUAAUAUCCUGAGUGUUAUUUUAGAUAUAUUCUCUUCAUGACCACUUAACAGAAUAGCUAGGGUUUAUUUGUGAUUAAGUUUAUCAACGUAAUAUUAGGUAAUUUCUCUUUUCUGAGUCUAAACCUUUCUUUAUAUUUCUAUCUUAUUAUUAGUGAGAACAAAAAUGGCACCUAAUCUUACUUUGUAUACUUUCAAAUUGUCUCUUUGGGCAGGUGCUCCUCGUUUAGCUAUUAAUGAAUUGGAUAUCAGUCAUGUAAAGCAAGUUGAGGUUGACCUUUCUAAAGCUGAAAACUUCUCCCCUGAAUACUUGAAAAUCAACCCUAACCAUACCGUUCCAGCAUUAGAGAUUGAUGAAAAUGGUAAGAAGGAAUAUCUUGACGAUUCUAUCUCCAUUGUAGAAUAUCUUGAUACAUUGGCUGGCCACAAGUUGAGUCUUCCUGAUAAAAAGGAAGAGAUAGACGCCUUUUUGAAGGAAAUGCAUGAAAAAGCCGAUGUUGGUAAUCCUCUCUUUUUCACUUCAGGAAAUGCUGAAGAAAUGGAAGCAAAGAAGAAGGAUAUUGUUCCUUUCCUUGAAGGUCGUAUUCAAGGUUGGGAGACAUACCUUCAACAAUCCCCCGAGCAUGCUGAUCUUUACAAUAAGAACAUCAAGGACACUAAAGAACUUUUAUCCAAUUAUACAGGCGGUGAUGCUGAAAAGAUGUACGAGCUCAAUAAACAUCUUUGGGAAGUAGGCUCCAAGUUUCUCGAUAAGGCGGAGGCCAUCUUGAAGAAAAAUGGUGAUUAUCUCUUUGGCACCUAUUCUAUCGCUGAUAUCCAUUUCACACCUUAUCUUUUCCGUAAUCUGAUUGUUCGUACACCUGAACAGGUCUAUGCUAAUCGUCCAAAUUUAAAGGCUUAUUAUGAACGUCUUCAAGCUCGUCCUAGCUUCAAAAAGACUUUUGAAUAAUAGAGCUUUCAUUCUUACCUUCUUCUUUCCUCCCUCACUUUUUUUUUCCUCUCUUUUAAAAUUUAGCAAUAUGAUUUAUUAUUUUAUAAAUAUAUUAUAUAGUUGUUUGCGUGUUUAUGAUUCAUUUCAUUUUGGGGCUUUGCUAAUUAUACAAGCAUUUGUGAAAAAAAAAAGACAUAGAGAAAUAGUGUAACAGAGGCAUAAUAAUCAAUUAUAAAUCAAAGUGUUGUAACCUCCC